AUCUGACCAUAGGCAUGAGGGGCCUCCGGCCGAGAUGAUAGUGCUGGCGCCAGCCUGGAGCCCAACUGCCUCCCUGUUGCUGCUGCUGCUGCUCAGCCCCGGCCUCCGCGGGACCCCCGACUGCUCCUUCAGCCACAGCCCCAUCUCCUCCACCUUCGCGGUCACCAUCCGCAAGCUGUCUGAUUACCUGCUUCAGGACUAUCCAGUCACUGUCGCCUCCAACCUGCAGGACGACGAGCUCUGCGGGGCGUUCUGGCGCCUGGUCCUGGCCCAGCGCUGGAUGGUGCGGCUCCAGGCUGUGGCUGGAUCCCAAAUGCAAAUCCUGCUGGAGGCUGUCAACACGGAGAUACACUUUGUCACCUUCUGUGCCUUCCAGCCCCUCCCCAGCUGUCUUCGCUUCGUCCAGACCAACAUCUCCCACCUCCUGCAGGACACCUCCCAGCAGCUGGCCGCCCUGAAGCCCUGGAUCACCCGCAGGAAUUUCUCCGGGUGCCUGGAGCUGCAGUGUCAGCCCGACUCCUCUACAUUGGUGCCCCCAAGGAGCCCCGGGGCCCUGGAGGCCACUGCCUUGCCAGCCCCUCAGGCACCUCGGCUGCUCCUCCUGCUGCUGCUGCCCGUGGCUCUCCUGCUGAUGUCCACUGCCUGGUGCCUGCAUUGGCGAAGGAGGCGGCGGCGGAGGUCACCCUACCCUGGGGAGCAGAGGACACUGAGGCCCAGCGAGCGGAGCCAUCUGCCCGAGGACACAGAGCUGGGACCUGGAGGGAGUCAGCUAGAGACUGGUCCCUUCCUCGACCACGCAGCCCCGCUCGCUCCCUCCCCAGGAUCAAGGCAACGCCCGCCCCCAACGCCCCCAAAGCCAGCCCCAGCCCCACCUCUCCCCCUCUGUACAAAGUCCUUGCCCCCAAGAAAUUGUAUAUAAAUCAUCCUUUUCUACCA